AUGAGUGAUAGUGAGGAUCCAACUAUUGGAGUGCAUGACAGGACCUCCAUUAGGGGUGUCAACGGUCCGGCUAAUCAUUUUCCUAAUUAUUGCAGUUAUGUUGUUGAUGCUGCUGAUCGUGAUAACUUGUCCAUCUCAAAAAGUGAACUGCAUGACCUGCUGAGCAAGCCCUCACUGAGUGGCAUCCCAUUGCUAGUACUGGGGAAUAAGGUUGACAAGCCAGAAGCUCUUUCUAAACAGGCCUUGACAGAUCAAAUGGGACUCAAGUCAAUCACUGAUAGAGAAGUGUGUUGCUUCAUGAUCUCGUGCAAGAACUCAACCAACAUCGACUCCGUAAUUGAUUGGCUUGUAAAGCAUUCCAAGUCAAAGAACUAAGUUGAGGAUGUGUUUGCAGUGUGUGAGUAGCUGUUAAGAAUUGAAAUUCUGGAUUUGCAUUGGUUGGUGGUGGGACUUGUUCUUGUCUAACCAGGUUUUGAUGGUCUGACCAAUUUCUUGGCCUACAAUUACUAUAAUAUUAGAUUGUUUGGAUUGCUUCAGCUUGUGAUUGGGAGGGAGUCGAGGUUUCUCUUGCGCUUAAUCUGUGUUAUCUUUAUUGGACCAGGGUGAUGAUUGAAUUAUUUAUGUAAUCAAACUGGUUGGUGUGAAUAUCAUUUCCUUUGUUGACUUUUCAAGACUAUUGAAUGGAUGUGUGGUUACAACAGUUGCAGUCAA